AUGUAUACACUCAAAGUGAACCAACGGAUGUCUCGACUCUUCCGGUCGAGCACGUGUAUGACGAAAACUUCACCACGGGGAGCGAGUUAUCUUGGUGUUCGGAAUAUAUGGCAUGCGAUGUUAAUGCCUUUGAAUAAUGACAUUCCAGAAGGUGUUAUAAGAACGUUAAUACAUAUAUCUAUGGGAGACGAAAAUAAUAUGAAAACGACACAAUCGAUAGUCUCGUUUUUUGGAGAGAACGAACGGGUGCCUGAACUCAUCAAUUACAUUGUGAAACGAGAAGUCGUCUCAAACAUCGAUUCACCAGAAUAUAUAUUCCACUCCAAUUCUUCUUUUGAAAUUUUUGCAAAAAUGUUUUAUUUGAAAGAAUCUGAUGCAUUUUUGGAAUACGUAGCAAACCAGAUCGUGUUAAAAAUUCGGAAGUCGAGAAUUCGGUUCAUCAAUGAAACAAAACACAUCGUGAAAGAUGUCAAAAAAAUUGUGAAGCUACUCGAUGACCUUCUAACACUUGUUUCAGACACUACAAAAUACAGUCGCCCUUCAAAGUACUUACUCUACCAAAUACUUAAAGUCACAUUUUAUGACUACCCAUUGGAAAACUCCCUGGCGAUGGAGGCUUUUGUGUUUGAUUGUGUGAUCAAAAAGCUACGGACGACAAUAACGAAAAAUGCGAAUGAAAAGAUGACGAUAGACACGUUUAUCAACGUUGUGAAUUGGUACAUCUCACCAUCUGAGGUUGAAUGGGGUCCACUUUACCAGAUGAAGUUAGCGAGUUUUAGAGAUCGCAUUCGGCAAUGGAAACAACACGUUUUGGAAUUUGAACCGGGGCGUGAGGACGCAUUAGUCAGGUGGUUUGUCACGACUGAUGGGUUUGUCGAGAAAUUGGUGUCAAUGGUGUGGUACAUUGAAGAGUUUGUAGGUGAGGAGAGUAAGAAAUUACUGAACCUUCACUUUGGGACGGGAGACAAUGUGCCUUCUUUUAAAAAGGCGGUGAAAGAAAUAGCGAAUGAAGUUGAGGGUUUGCGACGAACUGCUGACACGGAGAAGCACCAAAUGUUACAAAUGAUGUCGACGAUACAAAUGAAACACAAAGAUAUGAAUGAAGAGAUUCGGUAUUUAGAUGAAUUACUUAAUGCUGGGAAAGCAAGUGAACAUAAAACAGAAGAAGAAAUUGAUGAAAGUUUAACAGCAUUAUCAAGAGAGAAAUCGGAAGCUUCUCUAGAUACAGUACCAAUGAGUCAGGAGUGCAUUGCAGAUGACUUCCUAAGCUUUCAGUGA